ACAACAAUUCGUCCUCUAUCUAUAUCUACGGUGUUGUGAGUGGAACCAAGGAAGUGACGUUGCCACGGAAGAGCAUGGACCGAUUCGGUUUCUGUAUUUACAGAAGAGAGCUCUAACCGAGAAAAUUUACCUAGAGCCCACGACCUACACGCUGGUUACUGACAAACCGAAGGCGACUAGUCAUGACGCCGUUGUCACUGUACUUGUGUAGUCUGCUAAAAAAGAAUAAGUUGUUAAUUUGCUACAACUACUUACAUACGCACGGAACAUCACUACACCUCGGCGAUCGGGCGCCGCAGAAGACUCGACUCGCUCGGUUAUUGGAAAGGAAUUUCCGUGCAGUGUUCCGUGGUAGGGUCACCGGGAAGGUUUUGGCGCAACAAUCCGGUGCCAAAAACUAUAGAGAGGCUACUAUGUGUACCAGUUCCGCAAGUGGCCAGGACAUGACCAACUGGUUGUGGUCUAUUUACAACGAAACCAAAAAACAGACCGAAGCCUUGAUCCCAGUGAUAUCUAAGAACAGUGUGAACCCCAACACUAUCUUUGCCAAUAAUGAGAUGAGUCUGCACGAUAUAGAGAUCUAUGGGUUUGACUAUGACUACACUCUGGCCUUCUACUCCAGACACCUCCACACCCUCAUCUUCAACAUCGCACGGGACAUCCUCAUCCAGGAGCACAGGUACCCUGAGGGCCUGCGUGAGUACGAGUACAUCCCAAACUUUGUUGUCAGGGGACUGCACUAUGAUGUCCAAAAGGCAUUACUGAUGAAGAUAGAUGCCUUUCACUACAUCCAGUUGGGGACAGUAUACAGGGGUCUUCACCCGGUGCCAGACAAGGAGGUGAUUGCCAUGUACGAAGGCUGCCACGUUCCUCUGGAGAAUAUGAGUGACUUUUAUGGCAAGAGUUCCCAUGGCCACACUAUGAAACAGUUCAUGGAUAUCUUCUCCCUUCCAGAGAUGAACCUACUGUGCUGUGUUAAUGACUACUUUAUGAAGCACAACAUCGACUACGAGCCUGUGCACCUCUACAAAGACGUCAAGGCAGCGAUAGGAGAUGUCCAUGUGAAGGGUAUUAUGUAUCGAGCUGUGGAGGCAGAUAUGGAGAACUAUAUUUCCUAUGGGGAACAGACUCACGCUGUGUUGAAGAAGCUCUACGAGGAUGGCAAGAAGAUGUUUCUCAUCACCAACAGCCCCUUUGACUUUGUGGACCGGGGAAUGAACUACAUCGUGGGGAAGGACUGGAGAGAUUUGUUUGAUAUUGUCAUUGUGCAGGCCGACAAACCAGGCUUCUUCAACGACAGAAGGAAGCCCUUCAGACGAGUAACAGAUAAAGGGGUGCUGCAUUGGGACAGGAUUCACAAGCUGGAGAAGGGGAAGAUCUACAAACAGGGAAACCUAUACGAGUUCCUGAGACUCACUGGUUGGAGGGGGUCCAAGGUGCUGUACUUUGGAGAUCACAUUUACAGCGACCUGGCUGACCUGACUCUGAAGCACGGCUGGAGGACAGGAGCCAUCAUCCCAGAGCUGAGGAAGGAGAUCAAGAUCAUGAACACUGAGCAAUACGUCCACAUGAUGACCUGGCUACAGGGCCUGACUGGACUCAUAGAGCACAUGCAGGUCCACAGAGACCCAGCGUCGCAAGCUGUUGUCCAGGAGUGGAUCAAAGAGAGAGAAGCCAUGAGAUCGCAGACUAAGGACAUCUUCAACAGCCAGUUUGGGAGUCUCUUUCGAACGUACCACAACCCCACUUACUUCUCCCGCCGCUUGUCUCGUUUCGCUGACAUCUACAUGGCCUCCCUCAGCUGUCUGCUGAACUAUGACUUUCAGCACACCUUCUUCCCUCGCCGGACCCCCCUGCAGCACGAGUCACCCUUCUGGCCCGAACAGACCAGCGCCGGAGCCCUGAAGAUGCCCUUCAUACACAACAGGACCACGACUGAAGAGUAGAGAGGGGUAGGGUUUCAGUGUAACACUCCAUCCGGACCUGCUCAAAGUAGAGGGGGACGGGUUUCAUUGCGACCCACUCCGUCCGGACCUGGUCUGGACACAGAGCUUCCUGUGGGCCCUAUUCAGAGUUGAGAUUAGUGUGUGCACAACUAGUUUUGCGCCAAUCAUUCAUUCAUUCAUUCAUGUAAAUUGGAGACUGGCAUAAAAUUGUAAGUUAAGUGCAUUGUCUUCAAGUCAGAAUACUGUUCUGAGAUGGGUUCUGGACAUUGCUGACUUGGACUUCAACCGUUCAUUACAUAUUUAGGGCAUGUGGACAGGCCAUUCACUAGAUACUGUACAUUCUCCAUCUCAUAUGCUGGCUUUUUCACAAUAACUUGAAUACUGCUGCUCCUCUUUAAAAUCUUGUCAUGACAUCUCACUAUUACACGUGUAGGUUUCAUCUAUCUAUAAAGAUUUAGAACGUUAGAUAAUAUACAGUAAGUACAUACCCUCUUUAAUAGUUCUGCAAUGUUUCAAUGCAAUUCUAUUAUCGUUAAGAGAACCACUAACAGAGUUGCUUAGUAUACCAAACACAAAGUAUUAAGUUUGAUGAAUGUGCUUGACAGACAUACAGUAUGUAACCAAAUGGAGAUUUACUUAGAUCAGCAAGCUUUCACUUUCAUCCAAACAAUGUCAAAAUAUGUCAUUGUGAUCUCUAAUUUCUUAGUAAGUAUGUGUGGGUGUGAGGGAGAGAGCAAGAGUAUGAUUUGUCCGUACAGAGUGAAUAGUGUUUAUUUUAUAGCAGUCUUGAAAGAUGUCGGGGCAUUAUCUGUAACAGUCAUGGUAAUCCUACAUUUAUGUAAAUGUAUGAUAUGCACUUGUUAGUUAGCUGUGUAUUAAGAUGCUCUUGGCCUUUUUAACUAUAUACAGUAUCUGUAAAUAAGGGGAAGUUGGUUAUAAAGGGGUAAUAAGGGAUGACCACCUAAAACAGGUGGUCUCUGAACCUGUAAGCACAGAGAAACACAGACUCCUGAUAUUAUCCAGCACAGGAGUUUUUGUGUGGAGUUGAAUUGUUUGAAAAUAUGACAUGACAUUUUCGAAGACAUGCCUUACGCGUCUGUCACUAGAACUGCACUGUAGAUCAUAUAUUAGUGAUGCUUUAGUUUAGAAUAUAUUAUUCCCUGGUAAUAAGGGAGAUGGGCCUACCCUAAAAUCAUAUUUCUCACAAAGGCUUUAUUGUUAUUAGUAGUCCUUACUAGUUCAGGUACUAAGCACAUUAAUAGCACUCGGACACAACCGACCUAACUCAGUUUAUUUUUCAUAGAAAAGGGUAAUAUGCUGUAUUUCAUUGACAAAUGUAUUUAUCAUCGUCCAGUGUUGCUUGGCUAUCUUUUUUGUUUGUUUUCAUAAACAUUGUGCUUUAAAAAAUAUAAAAGUGUAUUCAAAUAAUUUAUUUUGCAUUGCAAUGUUCAGAAAUUAGAUUUAUUUGUUUUUGGGGGAAACGAACAAGAAAAUGACAUUGUUUAUGAUCAUCGAUGAGGCUUAAUGUUUUGGAAAUCUAUUGUUUGCGAUAUACAGUGUGGUCUGAAAUUAUUGACAUCCUUGAUAAAGAUGAGUAAAAAUGACUUCAUAAAUGAAUAAAUUCAAAUACUGAGCUAUAUUGAACAAAAAUAUACAUGUAACAAUUUUACUGAGUUACAGUACAUAUAAGGAAAUCAGUCAAUUUAAAUAAAUUCCUUAGGACCUAAUCCAUGGAUUUCACAUGACUGGGAAAACAGAUAUGCAUCUGUUGGAUAUCCAUCUACGUUUUUAAAAAUGUAGGGGCUUGGAUCAGAAAACCAGUCAGUAUCUGGAGUGACCACCAUUUGCCUCAUGCAGCGCAACACAUUUCCUUCACAAUGAGUUGAUCAGGCUGUUGAUUGUGGAAUGUUGUCCCACUCCUCUUCAAUGGCUGUACGGAGUUUGUGGAUACUGUCGGGAAAUGGAACACGCGUUCAUACACGUCGAUCCAGAGCAUCCCAAACAUGCUCAAACGGUGACAUGUCUGAGUAUGCAGGCCAUGGAAGAACUGGGACAUUUUCAGCUUCCAGGAAUUGUGUACAGAUCCUUGUGACAUGGGGCCGUGCAUUAUCUUGCUGAAACAUGUGGUGAUGGUGGUGGAUGAAUGGCACAAUGGGCCUCAGGAUCUCAUCACGGUAUCUUUGAGCAUUUGAAUUGCCAUAAAAUGCAAUUGUGUUUGUUGUCUAUAGCUUAUGCCUGCUCAUACCAUAACCCCUGCGCCACCAUGGGGCAUUCUGUUCACAAUGUUGACAUCAGCACACAGCUUGCCCACACGACGUCAUACACAUGGUCUGUGGUUGUGAGCCGGUUGGACGUUCUGGCAAAUUCUGUAAAAUGACAUUGAAGAUGGGUUAUGGUAGAGAAAUGAAAAUUAAAUUAUCUGGCAACAGCUCUGGUGGACAUUCCUGCAGUCAGCAUGCCAAUUGGACCGGUGUAAUAAUCAUGCUGUUUAAUCCACUUCUUGAUUUGCCACACCUGUCAGGUGGAUGGAUUAUCUUGCCAAAGGAGAAACGCUCACUAACAGGGAUGUAAACAAAUUUGUGUACAAAAUUUGAGAGAAAUAAGCUUUUUGUGUGUAUGGAAAAUUUCUGUGAUCUUUUAUUUCAGCUCAUGAAACAAACACUUUUACAUGUGUAUUUUGUGUGUUUAAAUUGUAUGCAAAAAAAAAGGGAAAUUAUACUAAUAAAAUUGCUCAGAGAAAGA